UUCUUCGUCAAAAUUUGAAAUAUUUAAAUCUAUUGUUUACCUUUCCACUUUCUGACAUUGUUCUCUGUUGUAACAUAUAUUAAAAAUUGGGAUAAAAUUAUGGAAGAAGUUAUACAAAACCCUUGUAAGCAUCAAAUAGUGAAAACUAUUAGUUUAGAAAAGUUUUUGGAGGAAUUUAAUGAAUGGAAAAAAGCUGCCAAUCUAAUAUUAAAAGAAAAUAUUAUUUUAAAAGAAGAAAUAAAAGCUUUAGAAAACAAAUUAGAUGCGGCAGAAAAAAGAGAGGAUCUCAAUUUAAAAGAAAUAGCCAAAAUAUCAUCGGCAAUGAAUAGUUUACACGAGACUAUUGGCAACUUAAUUCAUCUAGAAGAUGAGAAUAAAAAUAUGAAAGCUGAAAUAUCUUCACUGAAUAUUGAAAAAGAAAAAAUUGAAAAACUUCAUAUUGAAAAUGAAAAGAUAUUCAAUCAACAAAUACAAGAAUUAACAGAAAACUUCAAUUCAGAUAUAAAAAAUAUAAAAGAAGAAAAUGAAGAAAAUAAAAAAAAUAUCCAUUCAAUGUAUGAAAAAAAAUUAAAGGAACGAGAUGAUGAGUUAAAUGCGAUAAAUACAAAAUUUACCAAACAAAUUAAGGAAAAAACAGACAGUAUUGCUAAAUUAGAACUUGAGUAUGAAGGCAAAAUUACAAAACUGAAAGAUCAGUUAUUAAAAUCAACUAAAUUAACUAAUUCUGAAACAAAUAAUAUUCAAGAGAUUUAUAGACAGAAACAACAACAGAUGAAACAGAAAUAUGAAACAACCAUAUCCAUGUUAAAUGAAGAACUUAAUAAACUGAAAAAUCAAACUUCCACUAAAAUAUGCAAUUCAAAUUUGACAGAUGAACUUAAACAAAAUACAUCAAGCGAAAGCAAGAGCAUAAAUAUAAAAAGCAUAGCAAAAAUCUUAAAUAAUGGAAUAGUAUCAAAUGGAAAUCCUACAAAAAAUACUAUGGAAAAUAAGGGAAAUGCAAAAUCACUCAGUAAGAAAAGAAAGUUAUUUCAACCAGAUAAAUCUUAUUUAUAAUUUGAUAUACUCAUAAAUUGACAUUAUUAUUUGGGUUUUGUGUUACAAUAAAAUUUGAAUAGUUUUGAGUCUUAACUAGCAGCUCAUUACAAAAUGAUAGAUUUAAUUUUUGGAUAAAAGAUUUUUCUACUUAAAUUGAUUACUGUGUACAUUUAAGUUAAAAUAUUAUUGAAGGAUUUUCUUGUUUAUUUUUAAACUAUUUUUUGAUUGUUACAAAUUCUGGUCAUAAUUCUGUUUUUGUAUGGUGUGAUGGAAUAAAAAAGACUUUUGCUACCACCAGAAAUUAAUUAAUUACUAAUUUUAUUCAACAACAAAAUUUAAAUUACAUAAAGUAUAAAAGUUAUUCACAAAAAAAUGAAGAAGAUUCAAUUAAUAAUGCCAAAAUAUACAUUACUCUUUGUUCUUUAAGCAUAGUUUCUUAAAAUAUUAUGAACCA